UUCUUUUGGCGGAGCCAAAAACUGUCGCACGAUAUUGCAACAUUAGCGAAUGGAUGAGCGCGCCCGGCGCACAUCAUAACCCGCGCGCGCGCCGGUACCGCGACGGAGAGAGAUAAACUUGUGAGGGCUCGGAGGACAAUCACACUGUGUUUGUGUGGGUCGUUGGUGUCACAAUUCUGGCGCUCCAUGUGCUGUGUUAGCACACAGACGCACGCACACACCCCGGUAACGAGCCCACUACAGGUGAGUGGAACGGAUAGCCCCCCGAGCGGUGUGCCACGCCAGUGUGCCAGUGUCAGUCAGUGUCAGUCAGUGGCGUCAGACUCGAAUCUAACCGGUUGGCGCCAUCCAAUCAACCCCUGGUACGCAGCAGCAGCUCAGUGACCAGCGGUUGCACGCAUUAUCGGAAUAGAUAAUGCAAAGAGAAGUGCGUCGGCUCUCUUCCGCACCACUCCACCAACAGUAGCAACAGUAGCAGCAGCAACAGUCUGCCCUAGUGACCAGCAGCAUAACGGGAAAUACGCACUCCGAAGUCCAGAGUCACGAAGACCGAGGAGAGGGGGAGAGAGAACAACUUUCCCUUCGCCAACGCUGCGGUGUGUUUUACGUGCGUAUUGGUGCCGGUGACGCCACAGCUGUUUUGGUUCUGUUUUGAUCGCGCGCUUCGUCUUGGAAGCCACCAGCCAGCCAGCCAGCCAGUCCAGUCCAGUACAAGUCCGGUCAGCUGACGACUGGAAACGAUGGAGACAGUUCAUCACAGUUCCGAUGGCGCAAAUGGAAGCGAAAAGAAGGGUGAUCCGGAGACGAUAGCGCUCGGUGUCAUUAAUCCUUCGUUCGACGAUGGAUUGGGGGUGCGGCCGCAACCCGCGACAACCACGACCACGACGACGACGACGACGAAGAUGACGGACGGUGAGACAGGAACAGGAGCGGGAGGCCAUGGGCUGCAGGCGGACCAUCCGACAUCCUACCUCGAAACGAUAAUGCACAUCUUCAAGGGGAACGUCGGCCCGGGCAUGUACGCAAUGGGGGACGCCUUCCGGAACGGGGGCCUCCUGCUCAGCCCCAUCCUUACCCUCUUCCUCGGCAUCAUCUCCGUGCACAGCGAGCACAUACUGAUUAACUGCGCCGGGCGGAUGCAGCGUCAGCUGAAGCUCCCGGCCAUGCCGGACUUUGCCGAAACGGUCGGCCUGUGCUUUGCCAACGGUCACGAGCGGUUCCGGCCGUGGGCAGGUACCAUGCACCGGGCGGUCAACUUCUUCAUCUGCAUCACGCAGCUCGGUCUGUGCUGCGUUUACUUUGUCUUUAUCAGCUCGAACAUGAAACAGAUCUACGAUUACUACGGGAUCGAGUUCGAUGUGCACCUGCACAUGGCCAUCAUCCUGGUGCCGAUGAUGCUGCCCGCCCUCAUCACGCAGCUCAAGUACCUGGCGUGGUGCAUGACGAUCGGUAACAGCUGCAUGGUGCUCGGUAUCGCUAUCACGUACUACUACGCCACCCAGGACCUCCCGUCGCUGGCCGACCGGCCCCGACCACUGGUCGGUAGCUGGCACACCCUUCCCCUCUUCUUCGGGACCGCCAUCUUCGCGUUCGAGGGCAUCGCCCUGGUGCUGCCGCUGAAGAACGCGAUGCGCCGGCCGCACGAUUUUUCGCGGCCCCUCGGUGUACUGAAUGUGGGCAUGACGAUCGUCACGUUCCUCUUCACCACCACCGGGUUUCUCGGUUACCUCAAGUGGGGCGACGAUGUGAAGGGUAGCCUGACCCUUAACCUGCCCGACGGUGAGCUAUUGGCACAGGCGGUGAAGGUCAUGAUCUCCGCCGGCAUCCUGUUCGGUUACGCGCUCCAGUUCUUCAUCGCCAUCCAGAUCAUGCUACCGUCGAUCCGGAAGCGGUUCGAUCCGUUCCAUCGGCAUCCGAUGCGGCUCGAGCUCUGCUUCCGCAUCCUCAUGGUCCUCCUCACCUUUCUGAUAGCGGAAGGAGUGCCGAACCUGGGCGCUUUCAUCUCGCUCAUCGGUGCCCUGUGCUCGACCGCGCUCGCCCUCAUCUUUCCGCCCAUCAUCGAGCUAACGCUCCAGUCCGCCGCCAACCUCUCCGAUGACUCCGAUCGGCACCGGCACCACCACCACCGGCAGCUCCUUCUCCGCCGGUUAGGGCUGUACGGGAAGAAUGCGUUAAUUUUGGCGAUCGCCAGCAUUGGCGUGGUCACCGGGACCUACGAAAGUGUGCUGGCUUUAGCGAAAAGCUUCUAAACAAACGGGCAACGGAAGCAGCCAGGCAGCCAUCGACCCGCCGCGCAGGCCGCAACACGCACAGACAUGCAUGCAGCGCGAGUCAUCACUCCCCUCCUGGGUACCUGGGAUCACGCAAUAAAGAAAAAAAAAAACCAGUC